AUGGAAACUUUUGGUAAAAAUUAUAAUGCUGGAAAGGAUCACGCCAGGGAUGGUAAUUCAUAUUAACUGUUUGCUCUGAAUGUACAAUUAAAGAUGAAUGAAUCUGAAUAAAAUGACCGGUUCGUGUAUAAACAGAAGACAAAAAGAAAUAGGUCCUAUUACAAGUGCAACUUAAGUUUUUUUUAGUCUCGUUCUGUUUUUCCCACUUCUGCUGUUGUUUUGAUUUGCCGGCUCUUGAAAAUUUUCUUCACUAACCGUGAAAUAUAUUACGAAACUAUUCCACUCCAAUUUCCGUGAAAUUUUGGAACUUUUCAGUGAGAAUAACUUCGAGAAAAACCCUUCUUCAUAGUUGAAUGUCUACGAAGCAACUAGCAAAACCGAUGGCACUGCAAGCUACAAGCGCCUAAGAAGGCGGGAAAUUUGGCGCGAAACUCACACUCCUCUGUGGCUUUUGAUUGGACGUAUAAUUUUUCUCACACGUGAAAAAAUAUAUAUACAAUUAAAAAUAAACUUCUUUCCCGAUUACUUAUGGAACCCGGAAUCCUGAGCUUGGGAAUCCGGAAUUCAGCUCAAGGAAUCUGGAAUCCCCCAAGCAAUUGGGAUUCGGAAUAAAGGAAUCGGGAAUCAAGUACCCGUAAUUCGGAAUCCCAACAUGGAAUCCACGAUCUAAGACUGUCUUGGAUUACCUGUAUGCAUAGGGGCGAGUUCAUUAUAUUUAGGCUGUUUGUUUACUUAUUGUAGAGAGAGAUGCGUCAGAUUACGCAGAUGAGGUACGACAUUGGCUAGACUUGAUGAGAAGAGCAGGUAUGAAUGAAAAAUAAUGUACACAUGCCAUGUAUUCCCUACACAUAUUUUCCAGACAUAGGAUGAAUAAUUGAAAUGAUGUGCUAAAAUUUAGGGAUGCUCUUUUUCUGCUGUGUUCACGUUUUUUUCUUUCAAUUCCUUUCCCAUUGGUCUUUCUGUUACUCUGGAUAAUAGCGAAGACAUAAAAUGUGUAUCAAAAGUUUGUUAGAGACGUGUUAAAUGGUGCUGAUGACACAGUGAAAUGAGACAUUAAGAAAGAAGUCAAUAGCAUAAUUUUGUUUCAUAUGUGUUCCAGAAGACUACAGAACCGCAGGGACAGAUGACAGCUCAAACGAUGACCAAGAUUACUUAACUAGUAAAUAUAUCCAAGAUUCAGGGUCUGAUGAAGCGGAAAGUGAUGAGGAUGUUGAUGAAGAGGAGAGCGGCGAAGGUGGUGAUGAUGGAGAAAGUGGUGACGAUGGUGAGGAGGAAAGUGGCGAUGAAGGCGAAGAAGGUGAUGAUGGUGAAGAGGAAAGUGGUGACGACGGUGAUGAUGGAGAAAGUGGUGAAGAUGAUGAGGAAGAAAGUGGCGACGAUGGCGAAGAAGAAGGUGGUGACGAUGGCGAUGAUGACGAAAAUGAUGAUGACAGUGAAGAGGAAAGUGGUGACGACGGUGAUGAUGGAGAAAGUGGCGAAGAUGGUGAGGAGGAAAGUGGCGAUGAUGGCGAAGAAGGUGAUGAUGGUGAAGAGGAAAGUGGUGACGACGGUGAUGACGGAGAAAGUGGUGAAGAUGAUGAGGAGGAAAGUGGUGAUGAUGGCGAAGAAGAAGGUGGUGACGAUGGCGAUGAUGACGAAAAUGAUGAUGAUAGUGAAGAGGAAAGCGGUGACGACGGUGAUGAUGGAGAAAGUGGCGACGAUGGUGAGGAGGAAAGUGGCGAUGAUGGUGAAGAAGAAGGUGUCGACGAUGACUCACAACGACUAGCGUCUCACUUUUCACGCCUGUCAGAUAUUACUCGGAAGGGGAAGUUGUCUCUGAACAUCGAGAAGACCUUGGAAGAUGAUAUGAUUGAAGCACUCCUGAAGGGAUACGAGUGAGGUCUACAAACAGAGAUAUAGUAUAAUCUACUAUUUUAUAGGGAUUAUGCUUUCAUAAGUAGGACCUCAAAUUUAAAAGUACUAGUUGAUGGUCGAAUAGAAGAGCACUUUGACCAUUAUCUUACAACGAACCUUAGAGCCCCGACGUUUCUAUUCGUGUUUCAUUUUGACUGUUUGUUUCGCUUCUUUCUAUUUUGGCGUUUGUUUGUUUUCUCUCAAGUGUGCUGCGAGUACAGGCUUCGAUAGCACAUGUGCGAUAACCUAAUAAAACAUAUUUUUAAAAGUCUUUUAAAUUGUCAAUUCCAUUAUCUUAUGUGUGAAAUUUAGUUAGAAACAUUGUUUUCUUUCAUUUUUCUUUGUGUCUCUAAAAGUUCGGGUAACCAUGUGGUUUACCGCCAUAACGCCGGGUUUCUAAAGCGACACUGAUAAGGAUAAGGAUAACAAUAAUUAUAAGAGUCGAGUCCGGUUACCUUUCUGGUAAGCAAUUCAGUUAUACAUUUAUUUGUUACAAUUCAAUGGCUCAAAUUACAAAUAAUACAAAAUAAUCAAAUGAAUAAUUAAACAAAUAACAAGAGAAAAAGCCAUAGGGAUAACCUUAAAAAAAGUAGACACCCCAUACAAUAUAUAUCACCAUUAAUUAAUUUGAUCAAAAUAUGUGAUAUAAAAAUUGAUAUCUAAAUACCACGAUAAUAUCAGCGAGAGAAAAGAGACGACAUUUUGCGACGUCCCCACUGGUUUCUUUGCAGUCUGAGAAACGAGAGCAAAACUUCCAUACUGAUGACGCGACACCAUGACCCAUAGACUGGAAACACCUUUCAUAAUGAAUGGCUGCUUUUAAAGCUUCUUUGGCAAACUAGAGGAAAGGUUGGUAAAUACACUGUUUAAUAUGAAAAUCAUGCUCUGAACACACACACAAAAAUUGUUUACAAUGCUUGAGUUUUAGUUUUAAAUCAUAAAAUCUGAACAUAAAAAUUGACCCUUAUGACAAACACAAACACGAGGCUAAACUUUUACCCAAUUUUCAAAACCACAUUUGAUUGGAAAUGUUUUCCCAAAUUAGCUCACUGUAAUUUCCUCAUUAUAAGAAAAAAUAAUAAAAGAUGGUGCCUGCCUAAAUAUAACACUUUAACUUAAUCAGUUAUGGAAACUAUUAAGCGGAAUGCGUGUGGCGUUCACUAGUGUGUUCUCAUAGCAAGCAACAAAAAAAUAUUAAAUGCCUUACGUCCCGGAGUAGGUCAACCGAUAAAAAUCAGUAUCGAUUUAUCAAUCGAUAAAUCGAUAACAAUCGGUAAAUCUGAUUUGAUUGAUAUCGAUAGUAUCGAUCAAUCGGCAGAAAUCGAUGGAACUCACGUUUCAUUCAUCGAUUUAUCUCGAGUUUUACCGAUUUCAUCGAUUUGUAUCGGAACAGCAUGUGUUCAUCUGUGCAUCAAAAAAUGAAAACUCAGUUCAUUCAAACAGUGAAUUAAAUUGACGAUUAAGUUGCAAUUGAGAGUCGAAGGAUCAAACAAAUAUCACUUUUCAAAAAAUCGUUAAAAAUCUUCUCUUUUCUUUAAAACCAGGUCCCAGUUGUUCCAAUUUUGGAUAGCGCUUUCCACUGGAUAAAUCACUUUCCAGCAGAUAACUUUAAGGGAAAAUAAUUGCUUUAUCUGCUGGGUAGAUAUUUAUCCGAUGGAUAGCGCUAUCCAACGUUUGAAAAGCUGGAGCCAGGUUUACAAAUUUUCUUCUGAUUGCGGAUAUUGGCCGGGUUCAUAAGCGCCCAGGUUUUCACGAUUUAGUUCUGCCGCCCUUUCAAAAUAACGUUGGUGUAGUUCAAGGUGUAGUUGCAUCCCCAAGUAGCCAACAGAUAAAAAUCGAAAUCAAUAAAAUCGUCAGCAAUCUAGUGAUUUUUAUAGUUUGAUAACGAAAAACGGUGAAAAUCUUUUUAGGGAAAUCUUUUAGCCUAAAUCUCAGACAUACCAUCAAGUCAAAGAGAUGUCUGAAAUUCAGGCUACGAAACCUUUAUCUAAGGUUGUAUUUCUCGUGUUACUUGCUUGCGAGAACUGAAAGUAAUUAACUGAACCGUUUUUUCUUUGUUAUAUACAAAAUAAAGGAUUUUAGAGAGAAAGUUGCCCGUGUAAUAAAUUCCACAUUUCUCAAUUUAAUGUUUGUUAAUCAGUUGUUACUCGUGGAUGUGUUUUCUCAGCUGUAAUAUCUAACUUAUGCUAGGAAAAUAACAAUACUGCACGUCCGUUAUAAAUCGUGCAAAUCAUCAAAAUGUCCAUUUGACACUGCAUUUUAGUUUAUCGAUUUUCACCGAUUUCCAUUACCAAUCGACAAAAAUCACUUGAUUGCUACCGAUUUUUAUCGAUUGACUACUCCGGGUUUACGAUCUAGUAAUCAAUUAAACAGCAACCUCGUUCCUAGGGUCUUCUCGCUAUCUAAUAUGGCGGCGGCAGGAGAGAAGACGCUGGCACACAGCGAGAUAAAACGAUCGCUGAUUAGUGCAUUUCAUGGUGCAUUUAUACAUGCGCUCCGAUUGGUUUAUUACUUCCAAAACAAAGAUGGGAGCUCUUUGAGUUCUUCUUGGGAACUGAGAAGAACUUUCUUUUCCCUGCUAGCAGAGGUCUCUCACGACGAGGCAAAAAUGAGAGGAAGGAAAAAGAGCAGUCUCUCUCCUUUCUCUCAUUUUUGCCUCGUCAUGAGAGACCUCUGCUUGCACGGAAAACUUUCUCAGUGUCUGAGACCUAAAAGGUGGACCGAAUUCCUGUCUGAUCGUUUAGAAAACUGUGAUUAGCGUACCGUUAAUUAGAAGCAGCAGCAAGGAACAAUUGGAAGAUAAUUUGACGAUUAUUCACUCUUCAAUCGGUGUCUAUCUUUCAGUACACGCGAGUUUCAGCCACAUAAUUGUGUACCAUACUGAAAUGGUAAUCGCUGGGAAUAUUUUAAGGUAUAAAUGUAUUUCUGUUGCUCAUGCUAUUUGGUUUGUGUGUUCAAAAAUAACCAAUGAUUUGUUUCUUUCGGGAUUUAUCAUAGGUGAACUUGCAAAGCUUCACGAUCAGUUAAUCAAUUAAUUUAGCAGUCCUUUUGCAAAGGUUUGCCAAUGCUCCAGAAAUGCGAGUGUGCUAUACAAUUUUUGAUUUACCGAAUCCUAUCCCCACCCUACUUUAAUUAUAUAUAACCUGUGCUCUGUCUCUAGCGGAAUUUGUUUAGUAAAGCCUUUUUUUUCAUUUGAUCGUAAUAUGCAUGGCCUAAACUGGCCUUCUCUUAAAUCCACUGUCAUUUUGUAUGGGGGGGGGGGGGUCGAGGAGCUAAACUAUUACAGUCAACGUAACUUGGAACAGAGAUUUAUCCAUUGGAUAGGACUUUUUAAUUUUUGAACAACUGGACCCUGGCAUAUAGUGAAUUUGCACAUUGACAUGACAAAGUGCAGUCACAACGAAUACGUGAAAUAAAACCACAGACGGGGAUUUAAAACGUUUUUGCUCUAAAAAAAUAUAUAUGAAAGUAGAGAAUACAUUUUCGGGAUUGCUAUAUUGCAAACAAUGGUAUCAACUACGAAACACUCUUCAUGUUUAGCUAGUAACUAAAGCAGGGUGCUUUUUUUUCAUUUUUGACAACUGUAAAAAAAAAAAAAACAACAACAACAACAACAACAACAACCGGAGGAAACAAACCGGUAAGAUCACGGUUAAUUCAUGUAACCCCAAAACAUUGUGAACAGGGAUCGAUAUUGACAGCAAACUAAAAAGUCUUAAAACUGUGAAGUAGAUGAAGAUUGACAGUAACGUUACUAGCUUUUAUUACCUGUACCGGAUCAAGUGGCAAAACAAGGGAAUGUUUAAUUUCAUGUUAUUAUACAGCCGAAGUUUCUUGAAAUUAAAACAAAAUAGACAGUGUUUUAUGGUUCUUGCUUUCAGGAGAAUUAGGGUUUACAGAUUUAAGUAAAAAUGUAUGCAGAUAGAAAAACAACUGUCAAAAGCCUCAUGAAUAUCUGUAACAAAACUGACGAUAAUUCUUAGUGUCUACGAAUCAAUAAAUCCUUGGUUGAAUUUCAGAGGGCAGCAGUUUUAAGUGUCAUGAAAAAAGAUAACCUGGCUCCAGAGGUCCGUUCUCGAAAUUCCUAGGAUAAAAUAAGGAGUCAAUAAGCUGAGCUCACGGUUGGAAAAAAGUUCCCGUUUUCGUGAGAGAAGAAAAAACCUCUGGCACCCAGAGAAGGCAAAAAAAGCAGUGAGAAAAGAGCGGUAACUAAAAAUCAAGUUAAGUUGUCAAGUGCCGUGCACGUUAAAACUUUCAAAUUUCAAAGAAAGAAAGUCAUUGAACAGCAAAAUAAGAUCGCUAUAUCCAAAUAUCCUUCUACCGUAUUCCUGUGGCUAGCGCUUGUUCGCGUAUUCAUGGUUAUUUUUAGCUUCUUUCCAUGUGCACAUCGAGUUCGCCUUUGCCGCCAUUUUGAUUGUUUUCCACCAGUGUCAAGAUCUCGUACCCAGAUCCUUGCAUCCUUGUCUUUGCCCGCCAUUUUGAAUAAAUUUCCGCUCUCCGUGGACAAAUCAGUCACGUGAUUUCUGCUCUGUGCCAGGGUCUUCUCUCCUGCCGCCGCCAUAUUGGAAAGCGAGAAGACCCUGGGGACGAGGUUGAUGAAUCAGUUUUUUCACAAGGAUUGUUCUCAUUUUACACCCUCUCCCCACCAGUGCUUCCCUUUACCGAUAUUAGAGAGCUUUAGAUUCUGAGACGAGGACCACUACGAGAACGAGAUUUUCUCAGUAUUAAGUAGUGUACACGCGUAAACCAACGUCAUUUUGGCGGGAAAUCGUCAUUCUACUGCGAGUUUUAGCGAGAAUUUUGUAGUGGCGGAAACAACUUAUCAAAGUUUUGAAGUUUAAUCAUUUUUCGACCAAGAAAGCGCUUAAACUUUUCUAACGAAAAUAACCGCACUAAUUUUUCAGAUGAUAGUACAAUAGUUCAAUGUAGCUUUCCUGGUUGAAUAUUUUUUGAGAAUACGAGGAAAAAAACUUUACAAAAAGACCUUAGAAUACAUAAACCAGGUCUCAGUGGGUUAAUAGUCAUCUGUAAAACGGCCUAAAAUUUAACGUCAGCCGCCAAAAAAUGUCAUUUUAUUUUGUUUUACCGUCAACGGUCAAAACGUAGAUUAGUAUAAGCUGUAAAAAAGUUUUAAGCUAUUUAAAAUCUGACUAUUUCAUCUGAUCUCCACGAAAUUCUUGCUACUGAGGAAUAUCUAAACUGGAAAAAAACAGUUCCCAUGUUCUGCAAAACAGUUCAUUUUAAAUUAAAGAUCAUAACUAUAACAAAAUUCUCAAAUCUGAUUGGCUAUCAACUGUCUUGAUUUUAGCACUGAUAGGACAGUGUAACAAGACAGUGGACAGUACGCGCCACCGCGCGCGCACUUAAUUGACUUUUUUUCACUGCAUGCUAGCAAGAAAGUUCUUUGAAUUUCUUUUUUUAUUACUAUUUUCAAGAGAGCUAAAACAUUACCCAUUUUGUUAUAGUUGUGAUUAACUGGUAACAGAGCUUCGUUUAGUCCAAUUACGUCUUUAAUCAUCUUGUUAAGACCGAGUUGGACUCCACUCAGUUCUAUUACAAUUAUAUAUACCCUUAUUGUUAUAUUCCUAGACUUUCACUCAGCUAAGCAGGGACUGCCAUUGGUUGAUUCUUGGUCACGUGGCCUUGACUAAAAUCAAAUGUAUUCCGACUGUGAUACAUUAAGCAUGCAAUGUGCCCCACUCGGGAUACAUUACAGCACGUGAUCAAAGCAUGUUUAAAAGUGGCGUGACAGAAGGCGGGAAAAUACUGCCAGUUUUCUUUUUCGUGAAUGAAGACAACAACACAAACACGAAAACUCAAGCUAAGAAGCAACGAUUUUUAAAGUUAUCCCAGAAGAGAAGCAGCAGCUAGUGGAGGAAAAGAUGCAGGUAAUAUUAGGAAAGUACUUUGUGAAUCACUCCUUCAGUGGUUUUGAGAAUUAAAUUUGUGUUGUCUUAAGUAUCGAGUCGACUGUUUUGGUUCGCUCCGGUUGUUUUUUGUUGCUGUUGAAGUGCAAAUCUAGAAAUACAACAAAACACUUAAUGUCAGGUCCCUCGGGAUACGAGUUAGUUUUGUUUUCCCUCGAGUACUGAUGUUUCCCUCGACUUCGUCUCGGGAAACAUUAGGACUCUCGGGAAAACAAAACUAACUGUUUCCCUCGGGAUCUGACAUUAAGUGUAUAAUAUUACUUUAACUCUUGGACUAAACAGUCAAAAUUGGAAAAAAAUAUCAACCAUGAACGCUACCACCCCACCCCCAUAAACGAAAGGGCCGGGGUCAAGCAAAGUUUCAAUGAUACCGGCGGAUCACCACACUGAUGAUAUAUAUACUCUUCUUUCUUAGGCGUCAAGAAUGUUAAAAGUGUUUCGUGAAUUUGGGACCAAAUUAUUUGAAAUUAAAGUCGCGGAAAUCAACGCCCCACUAAUUAAAUGGCGAGGAAAUUGACUUUACAAAAAUUAACCCGUCUUAAAUAAAAGCACUAAUUUCCUAUAAUAAGGUAUUAAUUGUAACACAGGAAUUAAGUUUUCUUUGUAAGGUACGUUUACCGAUAAAGCAGUCUAAUCUACCAAAUUCAUUGCAAGUCCAAACAUUAAGAACGUUUGUAAACGAGGUUGAAAAUGCGGCUCGACGGCUGUGAUAUAAACCUUCUGAGAAAAGCUCAUAACAUCAGCUGGAGAGACCAUGCCACACGUGACAGGAUUUGUAUAGGUAAUAGCAUGAUUUGCAGUGAUAUUUGGCAUAAAUACCACAAGUGAUAUUUCGAAAUUGUUAUACGUAAUUUCACGAGCCGUUAGGCGAGUGAAAUUUGAGACAAUUUUGAAAUAUCACGAGUGGUAUUUAUGCCAAAUAUCACGUACAAAUCAUGCUAUUAGUUGUUUAUAUUACUGCCCGCAAAAGGUUUGUAAUUUUCACAUAUCUAGGUAUUUCAAAUUAAGCUGAAAUACCACUGCUCUAAGCCAAUCAAAUUGUAGUAAUUUUUCAUGUAGUAGUAUAAGAGGGCUAACAGAUCUCUCUAUAAGACUCAAGAAAAAUUGUCUUCUGUUUGCUGGUCAUUGUUAUCGGCCAAAUAAAGACUGAAGUAAUCUCAUCGCUCAUUUUCUGGCGCUUAUUGGGCAGAGUGCAUUUACGUAUUAAGUAACACACCCCGAGGUAGAGACUCCGAAGUAAUUGUAAGGAUUCAGGUCAUGAUGUGAUGGACCUGACUACAGCGAUAGCAAAUCGUGUCAACCACUCCAGUGGUUGAAGGAUGAUGAUGACCGUCAAAUUGGCAAGGAAGAAUACGGUUUUGAUGGGAGAAUAUGAAUAAGCGAAGAUUUUUCAGUUUAUGUCAUAAAAAUUCUAAAAUAUAAAUACGUGUAUGGAAGCGGGUUUUUAUCUAUAACUUUAAAUUUAAAUGGGGACGUUCACUGGCAUCUAAACCAGUUUAAGAAUGUUCAGUCACAUAAGUGUUCAAAUUUUAAUAAAUAACCAGAAGAUCAGUCAGUUUUUGAAAAGAAAAAAAAAAGGUUUUCUUGAAUCGAUCUAAAUGCGUAAAUUCAAAAUAGAAUUCCGAAAUCUUUCAUCUAGUUAUGCAACAACUAUUCAAAUCAACUUUGAUAAUAUUUAUUCCUUAAUCGAAAAGUCUCUCAUCUCUAAAUCACUGAAGCCUAUCCACGCGCUCUUUAGUUCUUACCCUGAUUCUCUUCUAUUUCUAUAGAAACAAAUGGUGGGAUUUUGAUGACGAGGUAGUAAUUUAUUUCGCCCUGUGUUCAGUGUGUAUAAAUAAACAUAAAGAUAGUCUAAUCCAAUAAAAGUUGCUUUAGGUAUUUGGGCACAUGAAACUCACUGCAAUGAUUUGCUUGAGUGGCGACCAAACCUAAGCUUCCAAUUGCUCAUUAACAAUGCCCAAAUUAACCUUUAUUUAAUCAGCUUAUUAUUAGCUUAUUUAACACGACAACGUCAGAAGUAGUUGUAAAAAGCAGUCUGAGUUCCGUCCUAUUCUUAUGAAUGGUAACCAACUUGAUGUACUUAGAAGCGCAAAGCUCAGGGGCACCCAACGGGAAUAUAGUUCAAAACCACUUAAACAUCGAAUUGUUAAACCUAUUUUAGUAGUUAACCGGAACAUAUAGGCAUAUUUUUAUCCCCUAUAAAUUUUUCAUCUGUUUGGAUCAAGCUGAAAGUCUGAUCCGAAAAUUAUAGGGAUCAAAACUUACCUUUUCGAAAAUUUCAGCCAGAAAAAAGGCUCCCGAAAAUUCUAGGUGACCUUUUUCGGGUAAAAAUCCGUUAAAAAUGGGCAAUUAUACCAUUUGUUAGGUGUUCGAAAAUCCCAGGAGAGGCAGGCAGACAAGAAAUGUUACAACAAAUGUUCCGAAAAUUCUAGAUCUCAAAUCUUCUUCCGAACAGAUAUUUUCCAAAAAUUGGCGGCUAAACGUUUGUAUUUCCUAGUUCAGCUAAACGGGCAAAGCUUCCAUGUAGGGACUUAGUCCUCUUUUAUGCCACAUGUAUAAGAUCAAUCCUAGUUUAUGCAGCGCCUGUUUUUUUUAUGCUCUGUCCAAGUAGUUACAGCGUGAGCUUGAGCGGGUUCAAAAAAGGGCAUUAUCAAUCAUUUGCCCCAGUCUGUCUUAUGACGAGGCACUUAAUGAAGCUGGCAUGGUAUUCCGACCAUUAUUUCAUAUUGCGAGGACAUAUGUGACAAGGUUUUUAACACUGCCCUCGGCAACAAGGAUAACAAACUUAACAAGUUAUUAACUGAAACCAAUAAGGCUCCAUAUUUACUAAGAAAUCACCGACACUUUGCACUUCCAAAGUGGAAGACGGACCGUUUUAAGAACACUUUUAUUUUGUCAUCGUGCCUAAAGUACAAUUAAAUGAUUCGGUUUGAAUGCUUUAAUAUAUUAUAUGCUUGAAUUUUUAAUAUUUCAAUAUUAAUGUAUUGUAAAUUAUUCUAUUUUUAGCUUACUUUUAUUUGUAAAUACGCAAUUCAGCUUCUGGCUGCCCAUGUAUUUAUUUUUAACAAGCUAUCUAUCUAAGCUAUAAAACUAUAAUUUUUUGACAUGCAGCCUGAUAAAAAAUACACUUAGUACCAUCAGCAAAUAUAUUCAAUUGAUAUAAGUAUGAUAACAAUUGUCUAUAUCGUUGAUAUGAAGAAGGAAAAAUGAAGGACCUUAAUUCAUUUAUCAUGUCCACACUUAACCCAACAUCCCUUCAAAUCGCUUGAAAAGUAAUGUAUAACUCUUAUCACACCCGGUUCUUGUAAUGGAUGACUAACUAAUAGGUGGAAUGAAUUAAAAAAAAAAAAUAAAAGAAAGAAAAAUGUUCUUUCUUUUAAAUGACAUGUAGCAAUUUGGCCACAAGUUGCGUCGUAUCACAAGCCCUGUCCCUUUAAUAUAUAACACCUUCCGUUUUUUGUUUCCAUGGAGAAGCUAAGGCAACUAUGGCCUUCACUUUUCCAAUAUUUUACAUGUUUUUCUUAUUAAUUCUCCCCCUUGGAAUUGAAUUUCCAGUUAAAAACUAUCAAGCAGUUUAUUUUAAUUACUUACGUUUCCAAGAAAAGAAACAAUAAUUUCUGUUUGCAUUGCACAAUAACGGUGCCGAAUCCAUCGUGACUUUGAGAUUCCAUGGCUUAAAUACUCAAGUGCUUGUUACUGCUAAACAAUUUCGUACCUUAUCGCUGUAUGCUCGUUAAAGAUAUAAGCCACCAUUUGCAACCAAUAGAUCGAUCGAUUGGGUUUUCAGUGUCAGCCAGUUUUUAAUGCACCAUUUACAUAGAGAAGAAAAAAAAAAACAGAGAAUGAUUUAUUGUUUUACUGUUAAUGAUGACUUUCUGCCUCACUGAAUGCAUAGAAAAGGACAAUAUCUUCACUUUGCAACAGAAUACUCGCAAAACAAACAUUAAUCUUACUCAAGAAAGUUAUGUAAUAUAAUCACUUCCGACACGUGGGAGGGCAAAUUUUUCCCUUACCUUUGAACGUGCCAUUGAAGAUACCAUGGAUGGUUAGCUUGCUUUGAGCCGUGCUAACUAGUACAAAAAUUUAUUUAAUUCAAUAGAAACACAAUUAUAGAAUGGCUGACUAUUGCUCUUGCAGAAGAUUCUAAAGAUACUUUGGAUAAACCAGCAAGUAUUUGACUCCGACCUCACCGGUGUACGAGUGUUUCUAUAUUCAAGCAGAUAACUCUUUUUUGCAGAUCAAAUCGACUCCUUCGAUAUGGUCAUAAACGGAUAUUGGUACUUACUAACCAUAUCACAGGAAGGGAAAAAAUAUCUUGAGGUUUUUUUCUUCUAGAUCAUUUCAUUUCUCUUCAGCGUUACAUAGCGGUUGUUGUUGUUAGUAAAGUGACAUUGAAUAGGAGGUCUACAAGCCAAAGGGAUGUCUUCCAAAAUUUUCAUCCUUAUUUGCUUGGUUACACUCUUGAAUCCAGUCUUGGGUAAACCCUUACCUCAGAAAGAUGGUAGGCUGAUUUUAUUAGUGAUUUUAGCAUAUGUUCUUGCAAUUUGAACUUAUAUAAAACCACUCGACAACACCCCUGGAUGCUGGAGAAACUUAUCCCUUUUAAAGUAAUAAGCUUUUCAAUUUCUUUUUUUUUUUUUGGAAAAAUGAAGUUUUAAAUGAAGGGAAGAACUACACAAC